AUGUGCGAUUCUCAAGGCGAACUCUUCAUCAAGCCCUGCACCGAUCAGGAGCUUCAGUUUUACAAGACGGCCAAUGAGAGCCACCAGGCGUUCGCCGACUUGAUGCCCGUUUUUAUGGGCGAGCUAGAACUGAACGACUCGACAAGCGUCAGGGACUUGGAUGAACAGCUCCCCGCUGUUUCCGAAAUACUUUCCAAGGAAACAAAAGAGGAGAUCAUCAAGUUUAGCAAGGAACAGGCUGCUGAGGCCGCCGCCCAGUCCCCCGCGCCGAGCACUGACAGACAGUGGACGGAAAAGGCCAAGUCCAGAAAGAUCGAGACUAAUAAGUCGGUGGUACUGGAGAAUUCAGCGUACGGUUACACGCGUCCUAACAUUAUGGACGCUAAACUCGGCAAGCGGCUGUGGGCAGAUGAUGCGCCCAAGGCGAAGCAAGAGCGAUUUGAUAUAAUCACCAAGGAAACCACCAAUGGCUCGCACGGAUUUCGCAUCGCCGGCAUGCGCGUGUACAAGGGAUCCACCAACCCCGAUGAGCUGGACGAGCAGGAUUAUAAGGUCUACGACAAGCAUUACGGCCGGUUAGAGGUCAACGCGAAUAAUGUUGUGGAGGCGAUGCGCAAGUUCAUCUUCAAUCCUCAGGCCGGGAUAGAUGAAGAACUCGGCAAGAUCAUUGCGGGUCUUUUCCUCAAUGACCUAAGGCGCAUCGAGGAGGUGUUGGCCUCGGAGGAGAGCAGAAUGUAUUCGGCGAGCUUGCUGUUCACAUUCGAAGGAGACGGCAACGCGUUGAGAGCUGCCCUUGACCGGACCAGAGCUGACAUGUCGGGUGAGCAACACAAGAAGGAUGAUGGACCGUACACGCCAGGUCUAUCUGCAUCUCGCGUUGAUAGUGGCAUCGAGAUGGAUGACGAGGGGCAGAUGGUGUUUCCAAUCAACGCAGCCAUCGGCCAAAACAUGAUACUGGCGAACCUGGCUCAGGCACCUGGUUCCCAAGACAUCCAACUGACUGCGGAUUCCGACGCAGACAGCAUGUCGGGUUCCUCGAACGGCGAUAUUCCUCGCAUUUACUCCCUCAAACUCAUUGACUUUGCACAUGCCGAGUGGACACCCGGGCAAGGCCCAGACGAGAACGCUCUAUUUGGCGUUCGGAGUUUGAUCAAGAUCUUUGAACAGCUGGCAGAUGAUUGA